CCUUGGCUAGUUACUAUCUGGUUUCCAAAGAAAGAAGAAAUGGCUCAGAUAGAUAAGAUGGAAACCCAUGUAGAGAAAAAGUCCCCUGCCAAUGAGUUCUACGAGGUCUUCAGCAGCAAAGCUCAUCUCAUUCCCAAGGCCUGCCCUGACAAAAUCAAGAGCAUCGAAGUGGUUGAAGGUGAUUGGAAGAGUGUGGGCUCUGUCAAGCUCUGGACUUACUGUAUCGGAGGAAAUACUUCGUCUAGCAAGGAGAGGGUGGAAAAGAAAGACGAUAAGAACAAGUCCAUCACUUUCAAGGCUCUGGAUGGAGAGGUCAUGAAGGAUUUCAAGAGCGUCAUCUCCAUCCUUGAAGUGAGUGCAAAGGAUGACGGCAGCCUGGUGAAAUGGACUUUGGAAUAUGAGAAGUCAAAUGAGAAACUCCUACCUCCAGAUGCUUACCUCAGCCUUGUAAUUAGUAUGAGUAAAGAAAUCGACGCUUACCUUCUCAAGCUAGGUACUUGGUUUUCAAACACAACAAAAAUAAUGGCUCAAAUUGCCAAGAUGGAGGUCCAAGCAGAGAUCAAGUCCCCUGCCAGUAAGUUCCACGAGGUCUGUAGCCGUAAAGUUUAUCUCGUACCCAAGGCUUGCCCUGAAAAAAUUAAGAGCAUUGAAGUAGUUGAAGGUGACUGGAAGACUGUGGGCUCUGUCCAGCUUUGGACUUAUUUCAUCGGAGGAAAUACCGAAGAGGCUAAGUUGGUGGUUGAAAGGGUAGACGAGGAAAACAAAACGGUCACUAUGAACGUUGUGGAAGGAGAUAUCGUGAAGUAUUUCAAGAUCUUCAAGUGCACUAUUCAAGUAACCGUAAAGGAUAAGGGCAGCUUGGUGACAUGGAGUGUGGAAUAUGAGAAGCUAAAUGAGAGUGGCCCCGCUCCAGAUGCUUACCUCAACUUUGCAAUGGGUAUCGUUGAGAACGUGGAUGCUUACCUUCUCAAGGCAUGACAACAAAGGCGUAUUCAUGAGUCAUGACAUGGUAUGAAGCACUGGUACAACAAAAACUUGGGAAUAAUGUACCACACGCCAUGUCCUCAACUUCUACUGGUCAUCGCUAUAAUAUUAAAAGUAACUUCUUAUUCUACUUAUAUACCUUCCAAGUACUUUGUGUCUUGAAUGUUAUUAUCUAAAAAUAAAAAUAGAAAAUCUCGAAGAAGAGCAUUGUCCUUCGACACUUUUCUUUCUUUCUUUC